UCCCCUCCCUUAGAUAGAGGCUGGCACGUGGACUACAAUGUAGUUUUUAGGAGACUACUGAUAUGAGGGAAAGUAUGAAGAGGGACUGGGAGUGCUUGGUGUCAUUGUGUAGCUGUUCGAGAUCCCGUUCCUUUUUUCUUGGCUUUUUGUGGGACACUAGAAAACCGGCGUUAGCCAAGGUGCAUUUUCAAUUUGAAACAUACUAUUAAUGAUAAUGACAAGAAGUUUCCCUGUGGAAGUUACAUUAUUAUGACAUUUUCUCUGAAUGACUAAUUCUUUACACAUACAUACUCAUCGUGGCUCUUUUUUCAUUCCAUUUUGCCG